GGGGAUUACCCACCACUCUAUCCCUCGAACAAGUCGGCUCCGGCACCCAACGCCAUGAUUCUUCGGAAAGUAGUGUGAGUGGGUUAAGCAAUGUUCCUCGGCCGACUGCGCAAUUGGGGGCGUGCUUUUCUUUCGAAGGCCUAGAAGGAUGAGGAGCCGUGAGAUGAGAUGAGGCCUUCGUCUGGCCCUGCUGGUGGGGAGGUUCUCCUCGAAGGCUUGGUGGUUAGGGGGGCUACUCUAUCCGUACUACCUGGGUUGCCUGGGAAAGGAGAUGGAAGACAUGGAGGAAGGGGGUUCGUCGAAGGAGCGGCGUGAAGCAGCGGCACAGCUUCCAAACAAACAUAUAUGAUCGACCUUGAGCCGCGCUCUUUGACUUGGAAGCUCCCAUUUUACUCCAGCGGCUUUCGUCCUCUUGUCUCUCUUUCACAUCCGACCAAACCCAGUUCGUUCUUUUGUAUCUACCUUUUUAUUCUUCUUGUUCGAAAGCCUUCUAAAUAUGAGAUCUGCUCUUCUCUCCGUGGCACUGGCUGCCUUCGCCCCCUUGGCUCUCGCAGCCGACGCCGUCUCUGGCGCCGCUGAGGGCUUCGCCAAGGGAACCACCGGUGGUGGUAGCGCCACUCCCGUCUACCCUUCCACCACCUCCGAGCUCGUCUCCUACCUUACCGACUCCUCCGCCCGCGUCAUCGUCUUGACCAAGACCUUUGACUUCCGCAACACUGAGGGUACCACCACUGCCACCGGCUGCGCUCCUUGGGGUACUGGCUCUGCUUGCCAGACUGCCAUCAACAAGGACAACUGGUGCACCAACUACCAGCCCAACGCCCCCAAGGUCUCCACGACCUACGACAACGCUGGCCUGAACCCCAUCAAGGUCGGCUCCAACAAGUCCAUCAUCGGACAGGGCAGCAAGGGUGUCAUCAUUGGCAAGGGUCUCCGCAUCACCGGCGGCGCCAAGAACAUCAUCAUCCAGAACAUUCACAUCACCAACCUGAACCCCAAGUACGUCUGGGGUGGUGAUGCCAUCACUCUCGACGGCUCCGACCUCGUCUGGAUCGACCACGUCAAGACCUCCCUGAUCGGCCGCCAGCACAUCGUCCUCGGCAACGGCGCCUCCAACCGUGUCACCAUCUCCAACAACGAGAUUGACGGCUCUUCCUCCUGGUCCGCCACCUGCGACGGUCACCACUACUGGGGACUCUACUUCACCGGCAGCAACGACAUGGUCACCUUCAAGAAGAACUACGUCCACCACACCUCUGGCAGAGCCCCCAAGGUCGCCGGUAACACUCUCCUCCACGCCGUCAACAACUACUGGUACGACAACUCCGGCCACGCGUUCGAGGCCGACGCCGGUGCCAAGAUCGUCGCCGAGGGCAACAUCUUCCAGAACGUCGUCGCCGCCUACCAGACCGGUCUCGCCGGCCAGGUCUUCGCCUCCCCCGACUCCACCACCAAUGCAAAGUGCUCCACCAACCUCGGCCACGCCUGCCAGCUCAACGCCUACGGCUCCAGCGGCACCCUGGUCGGCUCCGACACCUCCAUCCUCGCCAACUUCGCCGGCAAGAACGUCGCUUCUGCCGGCACCGCCAACGACGCCAAGGCUGUUGCCACCAGCGCCGGCUUCGGCAAGCUCUAA